GGUGCCUCUUCCUCCAUGCCGCCCUCGGGGCUGCGGGCGGCGGCGGCGGCUGCCCUGGUGCCGCUGCUGGCUCUCUUGCUGGCCCCGCCGCGCCCGGCUGCGGCCAUGUCCACCUGCAAGACCUUGGACAUGGAGCUGGUGAAACGGAGGCGCAUCGAGGCCAUCCGCGGGCAGAUCCUGUCCAAGUUGCGGCUGGACAGCCCGCCAGCCCAGAGCGACGUGCCUCCGGGCCCGCUGCCCGACGCCGUGCUCGCCCUCUACAACAGCACCCGGGACCGCGUGGCCGAGCCGGGGCCCGAGGCCGAGACCGACUACUACGCCAAGGAGGUCACCCGGGUCCUCAUGCUGCCCCAGAAUCCGGAUGCUGAGAAGACCCCCCACAGCGUCUACUUCCACUUCAACACCUCAGAGCUCCAGGAAGCCGUACCCAAUGCAGCUUUGCUCUCUCGAGCUGAGCUCCGGAUGCUGAAGAUCAAGUCAACAGUGGAACAGCACGUGGAACUCUAUCAGAAAUUUGGCAACGGUUCCUGGCGCUACCUGACCAGCCAGCGGGUCCGGCCCAGCCAGACUCUGGAGUGGCUGUCCUUUGAUGUUACCAGUGUGGUAUACCAGUGGUUAAGUAGCAAAGAAAAGACUGAGACCUUCCGCCUCAGCGCCCAUUGCUCUUGUGACCAGAAAGAUAUCCAGCUACAUAUGGAUAUUAGUGGUUUGAACAAUGUCCGGGGGGACAUGGGAAUUAUUCAGAACCAAAAUCGUCCUUUCCUGCUGCUGAUGGCCACCCCCCUGGAGCGGGCACAGAACCUUCAUAGCCCCAGGCACCGAAGGGCCCUGGACACUGACUACUGCUUCAGCUCCUCGGAGAAGAACUGCUGUGUUCGUCAGCUCUACAUAGAUUUUCGGAAGGACUUGGGCUGGAAGUGGAUCCAUGAGCCCAAAGGCUAUCAUGCCAACUUCUGCCUGGGGCCCUGUCCCUACAUUUGGAGCCUAGACAACCAGUACAGUAAGGUUCUGGCCCUCUAUAACCAGCACAACCCUGGUGCGUCAGUGAAUCCCUGCUGUGUGCCCCAGGCCCUGGAGCCUUUGCCCAUCGUCUACUAUGUAGGGCGGAAGCCCAAGGUGGAGCAGCUGUCCAACAUGAUUGUCCGCUCCUGCAAGUGCAGCUGAGACCCUUGCCCUGAUCCCCGGGGACCCCCCGGCAGGCCCGGCCCCCUCCCCCCACUCCUCCCCAAGCUGGCCCCUUAUGGGAGGGGGAGAGGGACCUGGCCUGGGGUGUGUGUGUGGUAUUUAAAGGCCACCUGGACCCCAACCCCCUGGGGCCCGAUUAAAGGUGGAGAGAGAAACUGG